AUGGCCGAUAUCGAUGUCAAGGUCGCUUCGUGGAAGCUGGUUGAGGUUGGCCGCCUAGUGCUGAUCCGCAGCGGCCCCUUCGAAGGCAAGCUUGCUGCCAUCGUUGAGAUCGUGGACCACCGCCGUGUCCUGGUCGACGGUCCCUCCACCGAGGAGCAGAAGAUCGUGCCCCGUCACGUUCUCCCCCUCGCCCACGCUACCCUCACUCACUUCACCAUCCCCAAGCUUCCCCGUGCUGCCGGUACCGGUCCCGUGAAGAAGCUUUGGGCUAAGAACGAGAUUGAUGGCAAGUGGGCCAAGAGCACCUUCGCUCAGCGCACCGACCGCUCCGAGCGCCGCAAGAACCUUUCCGACUUCGAGCGCUUCAAGGUUCUGCGCCUCCGCAAGCAGGCUCGCUACGAGGUCCAGAAGUCCCACGCCAAGGCUCGCGCUGCCAACAAGUCAUAG